CCAGUCUUGCCGGACAUACCGGAGAUGACCCCAGCUCCAUUCUGUCCAGCAUUUCCUCCCUCCUAUUCGUGAGACAUUUAAACGAUCCCCUCUCCCGAUGCGCUAAAUCACGGUUCGUGAUCUCUGACUGCCUUGUUCGUGAGCAACGCCCGGCAAUAUCCAGCCAGUUGCUCCGCCUCGCCGCCGCAAGUGGACCGUGGUUUCGACGCUAUUAUUGUUUCUGGUCCCCGUUGCUUAUAAUCCCCAGGCCUUCCAGCCUAGCCCUUGGGUCGGAGUCGCCUCUUUUUUUAUUUCCGUACAAUUUUCUCACCUUUUCGACUGUUGUUAUUUAUUCUCUUUGCCCCCCACCUCUCUCUCUUCCUUGGGUUAUGUUCCCGGAGUCUCACUACGUUCUUGGUGCGUAUCGAAUGGGAGAUUCGAUAAUCUUCCCCAUUCCGUCUACGUCUCGCUUUGGGCUUCGGAGCCCUUCGGUUCUUGGUUAAUUGACCGCCAUACGUCUCGUGCACAACUCCCUUUCCAAGUUUGAUCUUUACUUUUAUGUCUGGUUUUUACCGGGGUCCUUCUUUUGAAUAUGUUUCGCGUAGGCUCCUGGCUCUAUGGCAAGAAGCCGGCCUCCACCCAGUCCCUGGACUCUCUGUCCGAACUGCGAGAUCUUGAGGAUGCUAUGAGGGCUGCCACUUUAAUCCUCAAUGACGAUGUGGACGGCGCCGAAGAUGGUCUUUCCGAAGGAACCUCGUCGUUUCAUAAUCUUGGCAGAGGCGUCGUUGCGUUCAUCCGGGCCACACUGGGAUUCGAACAGGAGAUCAUGCGUCAGGCCUCGGAGCGACUCAAUGCCGCGGAGACGAGUGCCGCCAACGACCAGCAUCGCGCGCAACAUAACUCUCAUGCGCCAAAUACGUACCACUCACAAAUAUAUGCUCCCGGGACGGAAUUUGCGCUCUGCCAGGCCAUGGCGCAGCUCAUGAGCGCUGUCGUCGGCGUCUUGAAUGAAAGCCUUACGGAAAGUAUCAAAGGAUUCUAUAGGCUCAGAAAGGCCUACAUCACCUUAGACGCUAUUCUUAAGAUGGAGCAGAAGUUCAUCAUGCAGGCGCGGAACUCCGGGAAUAGCACUUCUACAGAGAGUCUCCCACGGGGUGCUGGGCAGGGUGCGGGAUCUAAAUCCGUUCCUGCAUCUCCAGUAGAACCGAUCGACCUGAAAAAAGAACUUUCAGACCUUUCAAUCUCCGCGGACUCCGAAACAUCGGCAUCAGGCCCUUCUGAUAUGCUGAGCCACGAUCCUGACUCGGAUAUUUUCAAGAACCAGAUCGACGUCUUCGUCCACUCCGGCGCCAACUUCUGUUUUGGAAUUCUUCUGCUCCUGAUCUCGAUGGUCCCGCCCGCAUUCAGUAAGCUUUUGGGAAUCAUUGGCUUCCAUGGGGACAAGGAGCGGGGAUUGAGGAUGCUUUGGCAAGCCAGUAAAUUUCACAACCUGAUCGGCGCCCUCGCUGCUUUCUCCAUUCUCGGCUAUUCGAACGGCUUUGUUCGGUAUUGCGAUAUCAUGCCCGAUCCUGUCCCUGGCGAUGACGUGCAAGGCUAUCCCCAGGAACGGCUAGAGGCCUUGCUUGCCCUGAUGCGGAAGCGGUUCCCGAAGAGUCAAUUGUGGCUGCUGGAGGAGUCACGGAUGAACGGAGCAAACAAGAAAUUAGAUGUUGCUUUGGAGCUGCUCUGUGGAGAAGACCGCAGUCCGCUCAAGCAGGUUGAGGCGCUGCGGGUUUUCGAACGGAGUUUGAACGCCAUGUAUCUCCACAGAUACGAGCUUUGUGCGGAGUCUUUCCUCGAGUGCGUCGAACUCAACUCUUGGUCUCGAUCGCUAUAUUACUAUAUUGCAGGAUCGGCUCAUCUCAGCUUAUACCGGAACGUUGCUGAAACGGAUGCCACCGCGGCAGCAAAACAUGCCGAGAAGGCCGUGGAGUACUUCCGGAAGGCGCCGCCAUUGGCUGGGAAGAAGAAGUUCAUGGCUCGACAACUGCCUUUUGAUGUCUUUGUUUCUCGCAAGGUCGCCAAGUGGGAGGCCCGCGCUAAGGAGUGGAAGGUGCCCUUGGUGGACGCUGUGGGGGUGGAUCCGAUUGAAGAGAUGAUUUUCUUCUGGAACGGACACAGCCGAAUGACACAGGAACAGCUCGAAGAAUCCAUGACGAAGCUGGCGUGGUCCGAAGGCGAAGCCAAUAAGACAUGGUCUCGCGAAGGUCCGGAAGAGAAGGCUAUAUUGCAGCUCCUGCGUGCAGCUGUCCUCCGUGCCAUGCGCCGGCACGAUGAGGCGAAGGAGAUGAUUCGCACGAGCAUCUUCAGCCAAGACAAGUCGCAGUUCACUGGACAUCUCAAGGAUGACUGGAUCUACCCGGUGGCACACUUUGAGAUGGCGGCUAACCUGUGGAUGGAGCGCCCGACAUACAGUGCUAUCCACGGAGGACCGGCGUCGUCCAGCGAGAAACCAAGCACCGACAGCGAUACGCAGCUAGAGCGUCGGCAAGUGCGCGAAUGCAAGGAGCACCUGGAGAAGGCGGCCAAGUGGGAGAGCUAUGAACUAGACGCGCGUGUUGGGCUUAAAGUGACGGCCGCACUGGAGGCCGUUGAGAAGUGGGAGAGUGCGCACGCGACAACAUCCGGAUGAGGAUGGAUGAUUGAUGUAUUAUGACGCUGUACAUUUACCGCCAGCAUUGGAACAUUACGAUAAGACUUAAAGGGAUAGACGGAGCAAUCAAUGCAUGUUUGUUGUUUGUUA